CUCUUGUGUGGUACUACACAUCAGUGAGAAUGGGACCAGUUUCCAUGUCUUUGAUCAGGGCAGGUUUGCUAAGGAAGUGCUGCCUAAAUACUUCAAACACAACAACAUGGCCAGCUUCGUGAGGCAGCUAAACAUGUAUGGCUUCCGGAAGGUAGUGAAUAUUGAACAAAGCGGAUUGGUGAAACCAGAACGGGAUGACACAGAAUUUCAGCACCUGUACUUCCUCCGGGGCCAGGAGCACCUGUUGGAACACAUCAAAAGAAAGGUAUCAGUUGUGAAGAGUGAAGAGACCAAAAUGCGUCAGGAGGAUGUCAGCAAACUGUUGUAUGAUAUGCAGUUAAUGCGAGGUCAUCAAGAGAGCAUGGACUGUCGACUAAAGGACAUGAAACAUCAGAAUGAAGUUCUGUGGCGAGAGGUUGUGUCUCUUCAACAGAAGCACAGUCAGCAGCAGAAAGUGAUCAAUAAGCUGAUUCAGUUCCUGCUCAGCCAACUCCAAUCGAACCACAGCAGUAUCGGGCUGAAGAGAAAGCUACCUCUGAUGUUGGAUGACAACAGUUCUUCGCCUCCUGUAACUAAAUACGGUCGACAUCUAUCAAUAGAACCUCUUCAGGAUCCAUAUUUCAUUCAGUCGCCGUCCACAGAAGCUGCCUUGUGCUCCAAUGCCUACGCCAACAGCCCAGUCCCUGGAGGGCCAAUCAUUUCCGACAUCACAGAGCUCCCCCAGCCCAGUGGUGCUACCAUUCAACCUGCGGGGAAGGAGCAGAGGGAAAAAUGCCUGAUGGCUAUUAAGGAGGAGCCGGCUAGUCCAGGGAUUGGAGUCCAGGUCCAAGCGGACACAAUGGUUCCGGGGAAUCCAUGUACUGCAUGUCUGGAACCUCCUGUGUUACCAGUCUCAGUAGUUGAGUCUGUUCUGGAGGGCAGACCCAACUGCAACACAGUGCAGCACACGGAUAGGAGAGGGAGGACCACUGCUGUAGAGAGGAACGAGGCGUCCGACCACAUACAGAGCACUGAGAUGAACAUGGAUGGUUUGCACUCACUGCUUGGAAGCCAGCAGUACAGUCUGGAGCAUUCCACCAUCAUGCACAUCUUUAACCCAAAUCUCCCUCUGAAUGAACUGAACCUAUCUGAUAUGGAGGCAAACCUUGCAAUGAUCCAGAAACUUAUUGUGGACCCAGAGCUGAGGCCAAUUGAACCGUCCAACAAAGUCCUGAAAUGUGGAGCAAACUCAGGAAAGCCACAUCUUCAACAAACUACACAGCAUUUCCUUCCAGACCCCCAUCUUCCAAUCAAUCAGGAACUCUCCAACCUAGACAGUGACGCAGCCCUCUUCGAGCUUACUGAGGAGACAACUGCCUAUUUCCCAGAUGCUGAAGUGGGACAGGAGGAAUUCUGA